GUACAAUCUUUCAGUAUAACGUGACUGUGCACUAAAACAAAAACAAAUGUAUUUUUCUUAAAUAUCUCAAUAUCUUAUAUACAUAUAUUUGUCAUGAUAACUGCUGCUUCCUGUUUAAUUUUUAUUUUUAUUUGUGGCUGAAUUACAAUUAUGCUGUUAUAUAUAUAUAUAAAUAUAUAUAUAUAUGUUUUCAUAUGGUAUUAUAAGUGGUUUAAUGGUAAAAUACAAGUGUCAAAUUAUGAAACAAUCUUGUUUUGUUUUAGACCCCAUGUUGGGUACGGCUGUUCAAUUACAGAAAAAUCCCAUUGUCAUGAGUAGUUUGGCCAGUUAAGAGUUGCUGAUUAUUUCAAAAGUUAGCAUUCAUAUAUUGCAAAAAAUAAAAUAAAAACAGCAAUGUAUUGCAGAUCCAGAAUCAGUUGAAAACAAAUUAAAAACUAAAUUAAAAAAAAUAGUCGUUAUAUAGAUUAAGUGUUUCAAAUAGUAUUUACAACAUCUCUGGGCCUGUUCGUGGGAGCCUAUACCAUACCAUCCAUCCAUCCAUUUUCAUCCGCUUACCCGUUCCCGGGUCGCGGGGGCAGCAGUCGCCACCCAAAUCACAUUGCACCGUACCAACCCCCCCUAAACCUUCCUGCAGGUGGUGAGUCCACUGGAAGGUACCAACCGCCCUAACCAGGAUUCGAACUUGGUGAACCCUGGGGUCCUAUACCAUACAAAAAAUGUUUUCUCUACUACAACUACACUACACUGCAGGAUGGCAGCAGCUGGAGGUAGGUAUAGCCAUGGGAUGCUCGAUCUCUCCCAUCUCUUUUUGUUGCAGCUUUCGAGAUCGUCCUAAUAGGAGCAAGGACGAUGGUCGGAGGAGUAAAGCUGCAAUCAGGUCAGAGGCUACCCCCAGUGAGAGGCUAUAUGGGCGACAUCGCCACCAUCCUCCAGACAGCAGCAUGUACAACGAGACUGCUGAAGAGGAUUGACGAGCUUGUGGGGUGGGCAAGGAUGAUGAUGAUCAAACCUGCCAAAUCGUGCAGCCUCUCCCUGAGGAAAGGAGUUAAAAGCGAUAAGACCACAUUUGUUGUAGGUGGUGAAGAGAUCCCACUGCUGGCAAGCCAACCCAUCUGCAGCCUUGGGCGUGCCUGCAGAACUCUCGGACAAGAAAAUGGGGGAAACAGUGAGGAAGCAGCUGGCAGAUGGCCUGGCCAGGAUCAACCAGAGCCAGCUCCCCGGCUGUACAAGGUAUGGAGUUACCAGUUCAUACUGUACCCAAGGGUGAUGUGGCCUCUGAAGAUGAGCGAAGUCUCCUUGUCCGUGGUGGACAAGAUGGGUAGGCUGGCAAACUCGUUCAUCAGGAAGUGGCUAGGACUGCCGAGAUCUCUUUGGCAGAAAUGCACUGCAGCUACCACUGCGAUCCAUAGGUCUGGGCUACAAACAAGAGAAGGCCCGGAUGGUGCUGGAGCUGAGGGAUUCCACGGAUCAACUGGUGAGAGCAGCUGCCCCCCAAGUACGAACAGGGAGAAAGUGGAAAGCCCAGGAAGAGGUGGACAGGACGAUCAGCAGACUAAAACACUGUGAGGUAGUCGGCAGUGUCCAGGAGGGCCGAGCAGGCCUUGGAUGGAGCAAGACCACCCUCUUCUGGUCAAAGGCCUCGAAAGAAGAGCAGAAAGCCAUGGUGGUGGCAGAGGUGACAAGGGCCGAGCUGGAACGCCUUAAAAUCAAAGCGGUGGCUCAGCAAGAGGCUGGAUGUCAUGGGAACAUGUUACAGACAGGCCGCUGGCAUGGACUGAUAUGUGGAAGAU